AGCUGCAGCUGCCGACCCAGCAACGCAAGACCAUCAUCUCUUCUCUGGCCCGCCCGCCCGCCUGCCUGCCUUUUGAUCUGUGAUCAGUCUCAAAAUGAGGGGGGGCGCACGCGUUGUAAACCAUUGGUGAGACUUGUGUCGUUUACUGCAUCAUCACGACUUAAAUUCUCUUCGCUGUGGAAUUAUUUCUAUCCGUUGCGACUGUGGCCGCGCCGAAGGGGAACGAAAAGCAAAAUGCCGGAACGGCAGCCGUCGUCGAUUCCGUAUAAAAGAAUUGCUCACCUUGGGGAUUUCUUAGUUAUAACGCCCAUGCAGACGAGCUGAAGUGCUUGUAUUAUUAAAUGCUCAGUGAAGUUUAUUAAUUUAGCCUCUGAGCUAAAUAUAACUACACUUUUUGAAUAAAGCACUUUUUUUUUUAGUUACGCAGCGUACUCUCGUUGUCAGGGUACUUUCGAAAUGACUCUCGUUAGUGGGAACCUUUACGCGAACGUUGAAAUGAGGCCUUUAGUCAUGCUUUGUUGCUAGAACGUUCCAGACGAAAAUAGCACAGCGACGAAAAUACUGCGUUGCUACUGUUCGGACGGUAGUCAUAUUGAACGUAGAAUCCGGAUUUUUACAGGAAUCGGGACGCUGUCUACAUCUUACAAGGGAAAUCUAACCCACAGAAACGUGUAUCUGCCACAUUCAGUGAAAGUUAUAGAAAUCGGUGCUCGACGGUAGUACAUAAUUUAACAUCAGGUCGUCACAGGACAUGAGUGGCAAAAAAUAAUCGCACGCCGUCGUACCAUCGCAUCAAAGAGGAGAUGAGUAUGACUGAGGCUGAUCUAGAAGAGGGUGAGAUUGAAGAUGGAGAAUUACCAGAAGAAGGUGAGGUGCAAACUCCUGAUGAAACUCCACCAGUGCCAAAGACUGAACAGGCACCAGUGCAAGUUCCAGUUGUUCCACCUCCAGUAAAGAAGGAACGCCGUGUACCUAUGAUUCCCCGCCCUCCCCGCCGCCAUCCACCACAGCACCACCGAAGACAAAUGGGUCCUCGGAUUUACCAUGAACCACGCCUGAUGAAUGAUGACAGUGAAACAGAAGAGGAUGACUGGGCAAGCAAUGUUGAGAAAGCAUUGAAGGCAGCUUUAGCAGGUACUGAGGCAGCAACUGGACCUGCCAGCUCCACUAGUCCAAAUGCUACAACUGUGUCUAAAAAUGAAACCACUACUGAUAAUGAAGAGAAGGACGAAAAUAGAACAUCCUCAGAUGAUGAAAGGCGACUAAAGAAAAAGAAACGCAAGAAGAAACACAGAGAGGAGAAUGAAGAUGAAGAUGAUAAGAGAGAUUCUAAGAAACGGAGGAAAUCGCACCAUAAAGAUGUUUGGGAAGACAAGGACGAACAAGGAGAUGAAGAUGAGAUGUUAUUUGUCCGAGGAGCAUCUCCUAACACCCGAAGUAAUUUCCACCCUGAAGGAUCUCCUUCCAGAAAUUUUGGGGAGAACUCUUUCUUUGGUGAUCAAGGUGCAUUUGAUGAAGCAUAUGAUUCCUACCAUGAAGAGGGAUCUGACUAUGAAGCACGAGAUGAGUUCCCUGUUCGGAGGGGAGCACGAGGUAGUGAUGAAGACAGUUUGCGCCGAAACAUUGGCAGAGGAGCAAAACGAAGAAUGCGAGGUGGGAGUGGUUCGAUGGGACGUGGUGGGGGAGACAUUGGUAGCCAACGUGGAGGACAUCACAUGAACAAGAGAAUGCCACUAAGUCGGAAGGAUGUGACAAGUGGAAAGAACAUUGGCAAGAUGCGUGGAGGCAUGAGACGAAUAGGAGGACGUGACAAUCGCUCUGAUGUUUGUAUGUUCUUCAUGCAAGGGAAAUGUCACAAGGGUGAAGAUUGUCCAUAUUCUCAUGAUGCCUUGCCCGCCCGAAAAAAUGAACUGUGCAAAUUUUAUUUGAUGGAUUGUUGCGCAAAGAAAGACAAAUGCUUGUACCUACAUGAGUCUUUCCCAUGUAAAUUUUUUCAUACUGGGCUUAAAUGCUAUUCAGGUGCUCGAUGCAAAUUCAGUCAUGGCCCUUUGUCUGAACAAAUGAGAACUGUCCUAAUGAAGCAUCUGGAGACUGCACCAAAAGACUUGCUGGGUGAUUACCCACGUGUGGGUCGUGACAGUAAUUCUUCUGGAUCGUACCACAAAAGAAGAGAUAAUGAACGAGGCGAUCGUCCAGACAGAAAUGACAGGGAAAGGGAUAGGGAGAGGGAAAGAGACAGAAGCGAGAGGGUGGAAAGAGGGGAGAGGUCUGAUAGGAGUGACAGGAGUUCUGUGCAUCGAUCUGGGAAUGGGAGUGCGAAGAGAGGUUCCAGAUCCAUCCCAUCACUUUUUGACAUAGAGGUUCCAAUCCAUGUGCAGCGGUUAGCUGAACAAAAGGAUGUUGACGGAGAAAAUUCCCCAGCACGUCGAUCUACACCCAUGCCAGAAUCUGAAAAUGAAGAUGGAACAGACUCACCUACCUCAUCUUCAAAACUGGAGUCAAGGCCUUCUAGAAGCAAGGAAAAUAGGUGGGUUUCUGAUAACUCAAUGCCAUCAGGGCAUAACAAAGAAUUUAAUGCCGAGAAAACACCAGAGAGAAAGAAUGACUCUGAUGUGCAACAUGAUGUACAAAGGCCGACUUUCCGUUUCUAUCAAGAUACUUUAAGUUCUGAUGAAGGGGAACAUCGAAAGGGAGAUGAUAAGCAUAGGAAGAGAGAACACAAGAGCAAAAGAGAAAGUCAUCAUAAACGCUCAAAGCUGUCUCCUGACGCUUCAACACUGGACGAGUCUGUAAAAAGUAAAAGUUUCAGCAUGACUACAACAGAUGAAAAAUCUUCAAAUUCUGAAGAAAUAAGUAUUGUUAAAUCAGAGCCACAAGAUGAGAAACCACAGAAGAUUGACUCAGCACAUGAUGCACGAGAUUCUCAGGCAGAGACUGGUGAAAGUGGCACUGAAAGCAACGAUGGAGCCAAUAUUCCUCUCCACCUUCCCAAGAAACAGCGAGAACUGUUUUUGAGAAUACAGCAGCAACAGAGAGAAGCAGACAGCAGUCAGGAGCGUAGUGGGGACAAUGAGGAUGAUGAUGACAAUUGUGCAGAUGAAAACUGGUACUCGAGUGAUGAAGAGGAUGUACCUUUGACUGACUUACUGAAGAAGCUGUCCAAUCAGGAGCCUCAGCCGCCUAAACAACAAAUACUACAAGAUGAACAAGAACAAAAAGAAAUGACCCCACCAAAGUCUGUAGAUCAGACUUCAGCACCAGUUGUCCCAAGUGUGACAGGAUUAACAUUGAAAGACUUGUCACAGAUAAAUAUUUCAGAAUCAGUUACAAAACUUUUGUCAACAAUACGGAACCAAGGUGUUGUGCCAGUUGCAACCAGCAUAGCUGUACAGACAUCAACAGUUGCUAUGGUGACUCAGACACCUGAGAGAACGACCAUUUCGACACCAAUACAGUCACCUCAGCAACAGGGCAGUCCUGUGAUACGAGACCCUCGUGUUUCCCGGGAUCCUCGCAGUAGAGCAGCAGCAGUGGCAGCAGUAGCAGCAGCUGCCGUACCUGUGUCUUCAACUAGUGGUAUUUCAGCCGUUACUGCAGCAGCAUCAGUGGGGCCUGGGCCUCCAGGUCUUUUGUCCCCAAGUACAAGUUCUUCUGCUCCAUCUGAGGCACCUGCUCCUCCUACCCGUCGACCAGACCCACGAACGGCUCGUGCAGAUCCUCGCAAGGCUGCAGCAGCGGCAGCUGCCGCAGCUGCUUCUGCAUCCACAUCAUCUGUUGGAGCUAGUCCAGGUGGAGAUGACAGCCACAGCAAAGGCAUUUUGUCUGGCCCACCACCUCGGCGGACGAGCUUUACGAGUAUCUACAGCAAUGCAAUAACUUCGCCAGGCGAUGUGGAUCUCCGUAACCUACCUCGCAUGACUGCUGCAGCUACAACAGCAUCCUCAUCUACAACAGGAGAUGUGGACCUGAGGCAUGUCGGAGAUACUGAUUUUAGGCAUAUCACAGGAUUUGGUGGGUCCAGUGACACUGACCUGCGGCCACGAAUUUCAGCUGAUCCUUCAGCUGCUCUUAGCGGAGAUGUCGAUCUUCGCCGUGUCCUCGAGUUGCCUUUUAAACCAGUACCAAUGCAUACACCAGCUACUGAAAUAGAUGCUUCUCUCACUUCACAUCCUCCAAUUCCAUACAAGGUUGUAGAAAUCACCAUUCCAAGGCCUGAUUACACGAGGCUGAAGCUGAGUACAUCUGAUCCACAGGCAGAGAAUGAUCCACGAUUACGCAAAAUAUUCAAGUUACCUGAUCCCCCUGUGACUACCUCUUCAAAGACUUCCACAAGCUGUCCAACAACAACUACUACUACAACUACAACAACCACCCCUAGGACAGAUCCUAGACGCUUGGCAACUCCAACUUCAGCUUCCUCAAAUGCAGCAAGUGUCAAAUCAACAGUCCCGCACACUGCAGUUACUGUCUCAAGUUCUACAGUUGUACCUGCCCCUGAACCAAAUACUCUUGGUGUACCACAGUCACCUUUUGGAAAUGUGGGUGAUCUAGGUGUGGGACCUGUUGGCAUGGUAAUGCCUGGUGUUGGAACAAUGGCCAAUGUGGAUCCUCGGCUACCAAGGACACCUGCAGUGAAUACGGGUCGUCAAGGCUUGCUAGGUGUAGCGCCCCCAGGUUUCCCUGUUGCACCCAAUCCAGCCUUAGCUGUAGGUAUGCGGAUGCCAUUUUUUCCUGUGGAAGAUGGUGAUGGAGGCCACUGGAAUCCAAUGCAACCACAUCAGCAGAGACCUAUAUGGAGAGGAAUGCGCAGAAAUGUCCCAGGUGCAUUUGGUGAGCAGGAUAUGGUUGGUGGACAGACUUUUACUCCAUCACUAUAGUGUUAAUUUAACAAUCCCCAUCACAAUAAUUGGCAGUUCAUUCAAUCAGUACUUUGAGUAUACUAGUGUUACUAGUAUGUUAUUUAUUGACUGUAUUUGAAGUGUGUUCUCAUGGCUACACUUCAACAGUGCAGGUGUUUUGUGUGACGUGCCCGAGCUGUGGUAUCAUGUAUCCUUGAUAUCAAUACAUUCACAAUAAAUUGAAAAAAAAAUAGGUGGUGCUCAUAACUACAUUUUUCAUCAGUCUUUGCAUGUAAUAUAUGACUCCUCUUUAUAUUUUGUGCAUUGAUUAUGCUGGCUGAAGAAAGCCUUGAUCUCAUUUAGUGAACAAUUUUGUAAGUGGCAGCCUGGAUUUUUUUAAGGACUUGAAUAGCUGAGACAGCAAUAUGGACAAGUGGAAAAAUGGAAAGUGGUGUAAUUAAUUUUGUACAGAUAUAAAUGUAUGUGAUAUUUAAUUAAAAACUGAGGAGUGACUGAAACCAUACCAUCAACAACUACACUAAGUUUUGAAAGUCUGUCCAAAGUGCAAUAUUUAUGUAUAGUUUAUAUUAUGUAUCACAAGUAUUCCAUAGUACUUGCUGCAACUGCUGAAGGUAAUAUUUAUUUAGUUAAGCUGCGGCUAAGAUAUUUUACUUCUUAGCUGUUAAUAGUUGCAUUACUAUUGUUUUGUUUAUGGCAGAUGUUCCUACAUUAACUGAAAGGGACUUUUGCAUUGUGUUAUGUAAAUAUAAUGACACAAAUAAUGAAUUACACAAAUCAUUCUCUAGUUAGUGUACAGUGAAUUAACUUUUAUACAGCUUUGUUCUAUUUUCAUAUUCUGUUUUACAGUAAAUCUCAUAAAUCAAAAUAUAAAUAAAAUUUUCUAAAUAUUUUUAUAUCAUUUUGCUCUAUGAGCUGAUGUUUUCCUUUAAGUUGUACAAGAUGUGUAUAAUUAGCCCUAGUAUCUAUGAAGUUUCACUCCUUUCUCUACAAUUUCACAUUUUUUGCACUCAGUUUUGCUGUUUUUAUUAUGUGGCUGAAAUUAUUAUUGAUGUGUAUAAUUAGCCACAAGAUCUAUGAAUUUUUCUCUUUUUUUUUAUAAUUUUACAUUUUUCGUGCUCUUUUUUGCUGUUUUUCUUACUAUAGCUAAAAUUAUUUCAUAGUACAGUUCUCCUUUUUAAGUCCAUAAAGAUUUUUUUAAUAUAUAUUUUAAGUCAGUGUGACGAAAUACACAUAUUCGUGAAGCUGAUUUAAAUAGACAAGAAAGCCUUUCUUGUGCAAGUGCUCAGGAAACUUGUUGGCUUGGGUGAGCAUGUGUGUUACCUGCUAUUUAUGCCUGGUCUUCUAGAUGCAAUUUUACUUUCUGAAAACUGAAAGUAAAGAAGAGGAGUCUGUCAGCAAAGUUUUAUUGUUGGAGAAUGAAUGUCUUGACAGUUAACUGGUAUUCCAAAAUCAGUUUCUAUCUGAGAUUUCAAAGUUUGUAUUUAAUAUUGCAUAAUAAGACUUCACAUUGUUUUUGAGGACCACUGCUCUGUGAUGGAAAGGAGUGUUUCCAGGAUGUGGUGGUAAAUACAAGGUUUUCCUAUGUUCGUUUGCAUUUUGUUAGAAUUCUAUUAGAGAGACAGUUCUCACAAUCUUAAGUUGUUAUUUUUAAGAUCUAUAUUUAUGUCCUGCUAAUGGGCCAGUCCUGUUAGACUAAACCGUAGUCUGACUAGUCAUUCAUAAUUCUGUUUUAAGAUCCCAUGAAGAACAUUAUAGAUGACCCCAUUGCAUUUCUUUUUAGCCCUUUGAUAUAAUUCCAGUAUUCAAACGAUUUGGAUUUAUAGAAAAGGAGAGUAUGAAAUCAAUCAGCACAUGGGUUCAGAUUACAGUGAAACUGACGUGCAUCACAUAUAAUAAUUGUUAUUGGUAGGUGCUAUUUUUUAAACCCAGAGUGUUGGAUUGCAUCAUCAUGAUUUGCACUAUAUUAGUGUGAAAGGUUUUUACAAGUUGUCUAUGUUUGUAGACUGCUUAUCAUAUAAAACAGUUUGUUCCUUUUCUGUUGGAGUGCUACAUAUAUUAUUUUCUUGGACACUGGAUUUAUGUCCUGUGUGUAGCUCACCCCCCCCUCCCUUCUUUGCUGUCAAUAGUAUUACACAUCAAGCAGUCCAUGAGUUAUUGUCAUUACUGCAAUAAUAGAAAUUCCCCAAUGGAAUGUAAAUAAUAAUUGAGAACUCGGGCAAUAUCUCAUCUUUAACAAAAAAUAUUGUUUGUUGUACAGGUACACAAAAAGUAAUGAUUACCGGUAGUUUUCAAACCACUGUUAUUGGCUGGAAGAAGAAGAUAAUAUGAUGAUUUACACACGCUUCUUGUGCAAACACUUCUUUGCCAGACAUCCUGCUCACUUUCAGAUGAUAUGCUAGUGUAAUGUCAUUAAUAUUACAGCAAGGAAAUACUGAUACAGAAAGAAUGCUUACCUUUUUACAGGAUAAAGCAUACCUUUUUUGUGAAGUACAUGAGUUUUAAUUUGAAACGGAGGAUUGAAUAUUCGACACAUUCAUGAAAUUUGUAAAUCAUGCAGAUAUACUAGUAUAUACUACAUGUAUUUUCAGAUGAUUAUUAUUAUUAUUAUUAUUAUUAUUAUUCAGUGCAGAGCAGUGGUUAGAGACAGUUCAGUGACCACAUAAGUGGCUGUGGAAUCAAAACUAGGAUAUUAAUGCAAUUAUAGUAGCAGCAGAAAGCAACAAUGGAAAAUCCAGGAUGGAAUGUAACAGUAUAAUGAAAAGGAUAGUUGCUACUCACCAUGUAGCGGAGAUGCCGAGUUGCAGAUCGGCACAACAAAAAGACUGUCACAAAAUAAGCUUUCGGCAAACAAGGCCUUUGUCAAAAAUAGACGACAGACACAAAAUCAUGCAAAUGCAACUCAUACACAACUUGGUCAUGUCAUGUCUUGUAUGAGAGUUUUGUUUGCACGAGUGUGUGUGUCUGUUUUUGACAAAGGCGUUAUUGGCCGAAAGCUUAUUUUGUGACAGUCUUGUUCUUGUGCAUAUCUGCGACUCAGCAUCUCUGCUAUAUGGUGAGCAGCAACUACCCUUUUCAUAAUACAGUUGCAGCACGUAUUUUUUUUUUGUAUUUUAGAUGGAAGGAAAUUUAGUAUUUUCUUUCUGUGUGGGUCAGUAGAUGUAAUUCUAUCCUUGAUAAGCUGGUGACAUUCAAAUUGCCUAGUCAGUAGGAUUUCGUGCACAUGUAACAUUUAACACAAAACUUUGUGUUUCCAUGAAUAGUCCUGUUUUGUCCAUGGACGUUUCCAGAAUUUUGACUUCAAUGAGAGCUAUUCAUUUGUAUGCUGAUUUUUCUCACAAAAAAUAUUUUCAAGUUAUGGAAAUGUGAUCAUUCAAUGUACCACCAUGAGCAGGAUAGCACUUUUAAUUGCUACUACUUUCCAUUGCAUGUGAUGAAUCUUCAUUCCUCUAUGGUGCUGUUUGAUUGUGAGCAAUUCAUGUACUUACUACUUUUGUUACUUCAGUGCAACACCACUAUUUUUUCUGCAACUGAUUAAUGGUGCGCAAGAGUGAUGGUGCACAAGAGUGAACAAGACACUCAAAUGUAAAAGUAUGAAAAAUUAUUUCAUUCAAUAGUAACACUUUAUCUCUUUUCUUUACUGGGACUGAAAUGUGUAUUAAAGACAGUGUACUAGAUUAAAAAAUUGUAAAUAUCUCACCCACUCGUGUGAUAGAAGGACAAUUGUGUAUUAAAUUUUAGGCAUCUGAUACGAAAUGCUUCAGAUAAUGUGACAUCCUGAAUUAGCUGUAGCAUAUGGUGAACAAAUGGGAUUGUUAUUACGCAGCUCUGCAGAUUUAUUGUAUCUUACUUUGUAUCCAUUUUUUUGAGACUGCUGGUUUUUGCUGUUUCGCAAAUCAAAACGUAUGACAUGUUUCUUAGGACCCCUGAAGGUCCAUUUAUCACAUGACUAUUCACAUGCAAGACUUCCACAGAUUCUGGGAGAUACACAAAAUACAUUGUAAAAAAAAGGAAUAAUGCAAAUUUCUCCAAAUGUGGAAAAACUAACAAUUAAUAUUUCCAUCCUUUGCUGGGUCUGACAAUUACCUUUCCUCCAACAUCCUCAAGUUUAUUAUAAAAUGCUUAAGUCAGAAAUGAAGUUUUUCCAGAAUACAUAUUUCUUUCUGUAUUUUAUGAAGUAUGAGAUAAGUGACAAAAAUGAACAGUAAUGGGUAACAAUCUAUGGCAGUCCUGUGUCAAAGGUGGGGGUGGGGUGGGGGGGCAUGGAUGGUACAGCAACAUUGUGUGAAUUGCAGACUUUUCUUUUGGACAAGAGGCAUGACUAGGAUAGUUUAUGGUAAGGCGACUACUUGUGCAAAUCAGGAAAUUCAGGUUUGUCUCUUAAGAUGGAGGAGAAUCGUUCUUCUUAGUAAGGAGAGGUGGGGGCAGCACAAUAUUUUAGGUGUCAUGAACACAAUAUUUUAGGUGCCAUGAAGAGUAGAUGUUUUUUGUGGUAACUAGCUUAUCUAAUAAAUAUUGGGGUAAGGACAGGAGAUAUUUUAUUUUUUUUUUAAAUUAUUUAGUAAUUUAAAAUUUUAAAGACUGAUUACUAUAUUAGUAUUUUUUCUUUGUCCCUGACAAGCCCUGCGGGCUUUCUCUCACAUUUAUUAUUAGUGACGUGAAUGAUUACCUCUUAUGGCUUCCCAUAAUCAUCAACAAAAUUAGGUUCCCAGCAAAGCGACUGACUUUCUGAAACCAUCUAUAUGGUGAAGUAUUUUAAGAAUUCGGGUAUCACACCCCACAGCUAUUCACCCUGGUGGACUUACGUUUGCGCGUAAUUGACGACAAAAAUUUGGAAUUUUACACGAUGCUCAGUAGUAUUAAAACAGAAGAAUUAUGUACACUGGUUGUGCAGUGUGAUGACUAGGAUAAGGCCUAUACAUACUGAAGGGCAUGGGUUUGAAUCUUGUCAGGUGCUAAAUUUGUUUAUUUUUAAAUCUUUUUAGAAAUGCCUAUGGCCAUUAUUUUUAUUCAAAUAAUUGGUUUAAAUAUAAUCUUGUAUUUCUAUUGCUUUGUCACAGCAUUUUAAUAAUCAUGUAAAUUUUUUUCAUUUUUUAUCAUUCUUUUUUCGAUCAGAAUUUCUGUGAAUGUGAAUUUAAUUAUAAUAUUUAAAUUAAUAUUUAAAUUAAUUAUAAUAUUUAAAUAUUUGAAUAUGCUGCUCUAUUGGUCUAAAAACAAAAGACAAAAUCUAUUUAUAUUGACUGUGCAGUGGCGCCAAAAAUUUUUCAUUACAAUCUAUGCAUUUAGUUUUUUGUUUUGUAGUCAUCAUACUAACAUUUAAAACAUAGCCUAAAUUUCUAUUACACUAUGGACAAAAUAAUGCAGAUGAACGUUUCUUUUUUUUCUUAAAAGGGAUUAUAAGUAAAACAAAGUUCCGGCAAAAUGAGGAGUAGAAAUAAUGAAUGUAAUAACAUGGGGCAAAAAAGAGGGUGAUAAAACAAAAGAAAUAAAAUCGAAAUUAAUUAAAAUCAUGCAAACAGAAAUUUCGUCCAGAAAAUGUGUGAUGGGAAGAACAAUGAGAGCAAAUGAAGAGCUGAUAUGAUGAUUAAAAUGUGACGAAGGAAUAGAAAUAAAAAAAUCAAUUUAAACCAAUUAAUUGAAUAAAAUAAUGAUAAAGGUAAUUUCGAUUAAAAUUUAUAAAUAAAAGAAAAUUAAAAUACUUGGUGAGAUAAGAAUCCACAACCCUGCAAGUCAAGGCCUUACCUUGUCCAUUCCAUUACACCAUGCAACCAGUAAAUAUGAUAAUACUUAUUUUAUGGUACUGAUUGUUACGCAAAGGGCCUACUGGAUGAAUGGCUACAGAAUUUGAUAGCUGGUAUCUUAACCUAUAUCACUGUAUGUUUCAAAAAGCUGAUCCACCACCCCUUGUAAGUGAAAAUUGAAAACACUUUCAGCAGUAAGAUAGCAGCAUUCUUCAUGUACAGUAAAGGUAAAAUUGCAGAUGUUGAAGGAAACAAAUUGGAUAGAGCUUAUGAACUGCACUCCUUAUCUAAACUAAAACUGAUUUACGGAGAGGCAUGAAAAAGGUGAGUCUAGGCCUGGGAGGGGAGGAGGGGGGACUAUGGAGGACAGGUCAAGGUCAGCUAAAUUAUGCCAUGAUAGAGCAAGAAACAGAACAACUCAAAUUAUAACAUUAGCCAGAAGCUGAAAACAUUUUAUUUUGUCAUCUGGCACAGACUGUCAUCCAUUUGUACUUUGUUGCUUGGACAUCAUAAUCGUGUAAUAUGCCGAAAACUUGUCACUAGUGGUGCUGAAUGUGUUCGUUGCAGUUAGUGCCUGAAUUCGUGGGUAGCUGUCUUGCAUUUUAUGAAGUAUUAAUAUUAGUAUUACAAGUGAUUAGGCAAAAUAUCCAUAGAAUGUUAAAGACAUCAAUUGCGUUAAAUUAAGUACCUAUUGGGGGGGGGGGGGGGGGAUCUAAUUACUUAACAUUCGAAGGAGUAGCAAACUAUGAAGUGAGCUUUUCUCAUGUUAUUUGAAUUAAGAGCUUAAUAUCGAGUGUCAUCCUAAAUGCCUUCUUUCUGGAUUGCUUGGACAUUGUAAACAUGAAAUGUUGGUGAGCCAGUGGCCAUUUCGUUAUGAAGAAUGUGUCUUAUUUUGAGGCAGUCUUGAAAACUGAGAUAUGAGAUGGAGUAUUGGAAAUGAAAACAGUAGUUAGCUUCAGUUUGUCUUGUACAUGUAUGUGAUGUAAAUGGAGCUGCUUCUGACUUUGAACGUUGCUUUUGUUAUCAUAUCUCAUUUUGGUAGUGUUGUGCUGUUGUAGGCGAAACUACAUGAGAAUAGUUAAGUAACAUUGCUUAAAAACCCACAUCCAAGAUCAAGAAGUUUCACUUUCGAAUGUGGUACAAAAAGUUAAUGACUGCCUUGUGCCAAGAUCAUUAAAGAAAAAAAGUAAUGAUUUUACUGGACUGGUGAAGUACACACAGUAGAUCACCAUACACAAUUGCUUCAACAAAAUGUAAUUUUGAAUUGUGUUGGACCUUUGUGAAAAACAAUUCCCGUUAUGAAGAGAUGAACUGUAAGGGGAGAGGGAGGAGGGGGGGGGGGGGGGGAGGAUGCUAUUGGCCAUGGCAUUGAACAACAAAGUCCGCUUAGAUUAAAAGUCUCUUGAUUUCCUAUUGUUUAUUUUCUUUUAUGAUUAUAAUGAGCCAGACUAAAUAGACUCAAGUUUUGCACAGAACAGAGUAUUGAGGAACAAUAUUGUCAGUAUGCAGUUUAUAUCAUAUUGGUUUCUCUGUUAAUAUGAUUGUAAUAUGUGUCCUCACUAAAUAACAACAAAUUAUUCCCAAUAUGUGUUGCACUAAGCAAUAACUAAUUCUUUGCAAAUGCUAUCUGGGGCAUCCCCUACAAGACAGUAUAUAAUUUUAAUCUGUUUGACAGUGCACAUUAAAUUGCUACCUCCGGUUCUUAUGUUUCAGAAAUUAAUCAUCAGUAGUUAUAAAGAUAUAUUCAUCCUUUUUGCUCGUUUAAUAGGUUUUCUGUUUCCAAUCUUGACUCACUGUAUGAAGGUUAUUCAUGACACCGGUACUUAAACUGCAGACUGUACAUGUCUGUCUUUUCAAAAUGUCACUAAUUUUACUAUAUGGUUUAUGUGUUGUGGUGCUUUUGAUUUCAGUUUGCUGAGUUCACCUUCAUGUGUGCUUUAUAACAACAACAUACUAAACUUAUCUCACACAUUGCUAUUUUCAAUAACAUGGGCCUCUUAUGAACAUGUGGAUCUGUUCACAGUAAGUGGGGUCCUUUUCCCAACUUCUCCAGUGUCAGAGGCCACUCUUUGUCUGUUUCCACAUACAUAGUUCCCAUUUUUAAAUUUUGCCAUAAAUAGGAAUAGAGCUGUAAUUUACUCUCACUUGCUGACUAUGUAUUUUUCUUCUGGAUGCUUUACUUCAUGAGAGCCCUAACCUUUAAUAUUUGAUGUGGUUGGUGAAUUUAAAAUGUAAAAAUAUGUUGUUUUAGUAUAUUUUUCUUUCACUCUUUCAAAUGUUGGAAAAGUUGUAAUUUGUAGUGUGUUAAGUAUUUCAAUGAUAGCCCUUGGGAGUCCUUGCAAAUAAAGCACUUCACAAAUAGUCCUGUAAUCUAAGUUCACCAUUUUCCUGUGUGUAUCUUCGGUCUGUACGGAUCACCUCACCUGGCGAUAACUAACACACAUUUAGGUUACAGAUAAUGAAAAACAUACCAAGUCUUGUCAUAAAAGAACCACGUACAGUACAUUAAAAUAAAAUUAUCUUUUGUUUAUGAGGUAAAGGGAGAAGUGUUUGGACUUUCAGCUGAAACAAAACAAAAAGUAUGUGGACAUUUGCAAAAAAAAGGUUCUUAGAAACUGUGUAAAGCUAGUUAAGUACAAAUUACUGAACUAAAGAGAGGAAGAAUAGUGUGUACACACUAUACCAUUGCACCUCACUGCUAGUGUUGGUAACAAAAUAAUGUAAAUUUGGACCUGUGUGUCCAUUAAUAUCAUAACAUUACAUCUCUCCUUUCAUUGUAGUGUGGACUACACCCUUUCUGGGAUGUAUGAUUUUUACUUUUUGUGCACAUUGCUCUUGUAGCAGAUUCUAGUUGUCACUCGGUAAGAAACAUCAGUUGUUUGAUGGAUACAGAAUAUAAAUACUGUAUGAAAACAAACUGCUUUUUUUCCUGCAUGAGAUUAUGAUGCAUCUAACUGAAACAUAUUCUAUUUGGUAAUACUUCAGACUACCACCUGGUACUGUAAUGGGUGCAGAUAUAUGUUAGUUUCUUUCAGACUUUUUGUUUACGGUCUUUGAAGAGACCAACAAGAUAAUUAAAAUCAUUCUCAAUGGCCCGUAAUGUUCUACAGUUCUUUCAUGUGAUAUCAAGUCCAGUCAGCUGCUAUGCUUUUUUUGCAGUUAUUUAUCUCAUCAUUAUUGGUAGAUAUUCUUUGAGAAGUCCCUGACACUGAUUGAGGGCAACUGGAACUUGUUCAAGAUGGAAGUGCUUUACUAUUGUCUUCACUGAUGCCCAGUUCACGUAACUGUAAAAAUCUGUGCAUCAUGUUGUCUUCCAUAGACAAGGUGUUAAUAUUGUGAAUUCCACAGUCUAUUGCAAGUAAAGCUAUCAUCAACCUGAAUGUUUGCUUGAACAUCACUGUGCUUUAUUAGGCAUGGUCUUAUUGUAGGUGGUACACCUUUGAUUCCUCUGUUCUCGAAGUGUGCUACCAGCCAUUCAUGGAGGGGCCUGCAAUUUAAGAUGGAUUCCGAACAAUGGUGGAAUUUUCCAUUUGCAAAAUUAAUAUGUAAUUACCAGAUGUAAGAAUAGUUUUAAUUGGGAGAAAAAAAUCCUAGAACCAACUGAGGACUGGACCUGGGCCUCUGGAUUUUGUAACCCUAGACAUACCUACUGAGCCAUACGAUGUCAAUGAUAUAAAUUGGUUGUGCUUUUGUAGGUCUUGUGUGUUGGUGUUCUUUUAAACAGGUGAGAGAUAGGGAGAGGUAGUGUGUGUGGGGGGAGGGGGGAUAUAAUUAUUGAAGAUUGUGUUAAGACUUCAAAAAUCAUAUUCCAUAUCAUAACAGUGUGUGGUGGUGCAGUGAACUGGACUCUCAUUAGAGAUGAGUAAGAGUUCAAAUCCAUUAAUUGCCACUCAGGUUUACGUUUUUCCUUUAUUUUCUUAGAUAACUUCAGGUAAAUGCCAAAUAGGCUCCCUUGAAAAGGCGACAACCAACAUCCUUCCCAAAUCCCAGGAAUCACCCUGUCAUCAUCAUCAUCAUCUUCAAAAUGUAAUCUUCUUUCUGUCGAGAGAUAUGGAUGGUAGUUUUACCACUAUACUCUACAGGACUUGAUGCUAGGCAUGAGUGGCUAUUACAUUUCAAAAUUAGCAUUCAACCAUGAAAGAUUUCAUUUAAGCAAUCACACAACAGUGAUGGAAAUGUGGCUCUUGGGUGACACAUUAACUAGACUGCAAUACAUACUUAUUCUUGAAGUACUCUUUGCAGACAGUUCAUCAGUUAUUAAGACUACCUACACAGGACCUGACUCCUUUUCACUGGUUUUGCAAUGAUUGUCAGACUACUUUAAGCCUUUACUGUUUGUGUUAAUUUUGUUCAAGAGUUUGCACAUUUGCAGAACCAGUUUCUCUCUUACAUAUACUAUGCCAGCAGAUACAAGUCUUUUGCUGCCUACACAGAAAGAAAUAGUUUUAUUCGUUUGAGGACACAUCACUGCCAAAACUUGAUAGUGGUGUUAUUUUGUGCCUUUAUUAUGCAUCAGCAUAGGUCAACAGGGUUAUUAACAGAUUCACCAAUGCUUGUGUCAUAGCCAUAUGGCCUUCCUGUUGCCACCCCAUUACCUCCCCAUGACGGAAUUUGUGUAUCCAAAUUUGUCUACGUAGUGUGUUAUUCAUGUGAAAGUUAGCAAACAUUUUCGAAAUGUUUGUGAGUCAUUUGGGUACCAGACUAGUAGUCACCUAAUGGGAUGUGGACACUGCCUAAAAUCCCCAUCUAGGCUGGGUUGCACGUAGAACCUUGCUGCUAAUCUGCUGGGUAGAUUCAAUCCACAGCCACUUACCUCCCCGUCCCGGAAAAAAUGCUUUAACAUGCGUGACUAUCUGGGUCAGUCGAAAUCCUCUUACAAAGCAAAAUGUCUGUAGUUAGUGAUUGAAGACAUGCAUACAGCAGGUUCCUCGUCUACAACAAAACAAAUCUUUCCAUUCUUCGUGUUGUUGUUGUUGUUAUGGUGUUCAGUCCUGAGACUGGUUUGAUGCAGCUCUCCAUGCUACUCUAUCCUGUGCAAGCUUCUUCAUCUCCCAGUACCUACUGCAACCUACAUCCUUCUCAAUCUGAUUUGUGUAUUCAUCUCUUGGUCUCCCUCUAUAAUUUUUACCCUUGCCCUCCAAUACUAAAUUGGUGACCCCUUGAUGCCUCAGACCAUGUCCUACCAACCGGAUCCCUUCUACUAGUAAAGUUGUGCCACCAACUCCUCUUCUCCCAAAUUCUAUUCAAUACCUCCUCAUUAGUUAUGUGAUCUACCCAUCUAAUCUUCACCAUUCUUCUCAUUUUUCAUAGUGUGCACAUUUUACUGUUGCCACUACUCCCUAAAAAAAGUAGCUUUUAAUCUUGACUUUGUGAUCUCAAUGCAGCUUUUUUUUUAAAAUAUAAAGAAAAUUCUACAGAGUCCAAAGUCUCUAAGUGCUUUGACAUCUCAUCUUUUGAAAGUUGAAUUAUUGUUUUGAGAGUUUAACUCUCUUGCAAAGGCCUGUUACAGUUUUGAAAUGAGGGAUACUUAAAUUCCAGGAAAUGAUAUGUAAAGGGUCAUUAUUUCAAAUUAAUUACCACAGGCACCAAAGAGAGAAUGACAUUAAAGGUAUAUGUGGGGGGCAGGUGGUAGCUAGGGAAAUAUAGAAAAUGUUUCAACUUUGACUACAAGACAUUGAUUAGACCCAAAUGUACUUCAUUUCAGUCCAUUCUUUCUUUUGUUUGCUACAUCACCGGAAUACUGAUAUAUUCUCAUACAAUUAUUUUUAUUGCAAUAAAAAAUAAUAUCCAAUAAACGCAUUGGAAGAUGAAAAUGUGCCAUAACUGGCACCAAAAAAAUGAAUAUUAAAACUUCACUUUCAUGUUCCUUUGCAAAUUUUUCUGUUUGCUGCAGUAUAAUUUAUUUCUUUACUCACUAGUAACUGCUCUACCUUCAUGGAUCUCAGGCAUAGUGAUGUUUCAUUUAAUAAAUCUAAGCAGUGAUAGAGGAAUGCAAAUGUAAUAUAUUAUUACUAGAAAUUGGAAUAAAUCGUAGCAGCCACUUCAUAUUCUUAACUAUAUCAACUGGAUACCCAUUCAGUACAUUUACAAUGAGAAAGGUCUGUGUUAUAGCUACUUUGUUGAAAACUGACAUACUGAGACUGUGG